GAAGCAACUUGGCCAGUAUCGGUCCAACGCCGGUUGACGUUGGUGCGCUCCAAUCUCGAUUGACUUCGAGUCAGUGUCGCGUCAGUUCUCAAAGCAAAUGGUCAGUGAUCUGUUCUCGAGCAGGACCAAUAGUUUUUUUUUUUUUUUUUUUCAUCAAUUGUUAAUAAAAUAAACAACCCUCAGUUUUAACAUAGAUAAAUUGUACCAGUUAUUUUAUAGCUAAAUAUCAACAAAAAUACGAAAUUAUCAUCAUCAAAAAAAAAUAAAAAAAUAACAAAAGACGCCAGGAAAGUUUUUCAUGUGAUUUUAUUGUUUUUUUUUUUUUUUUUUUGAAAAAAAGCUCGGAAAUUUAUGAUACUCGUGUGAAAAGUUCAAGUGCCGUGAUUAUAACAUUUUGGAGAUGAAUUUUCAAUAAAUCUUGGAAUACAUUGGCAGUUUAAUUUUGCAACACCUCAGUCUGACAUGAUGACGUUUCGAGGCUUGAACAAAGUGUAGCAAUAAGGGCCACACUUGCCAAGACGCCAUCAUCGGCAGACCGGCGACAUAUGAGUCUUAAAGUUGCAGUUGUGUUUGGUGGCUGAGCAAGCUCGGACGUAAAGGAUCCACGUCGAGAAAUUACACACUAUACUCGAACAUGGGGCCUGAGGAUAGAUGCUCAAAGCAGCCAAAGACGUGGAUGAGUUUGGUGCAACAUUUUAAUGACAAUUAAAUGGAAGAAAAAAAUAUAAAAUAUAAAAUAUUUAGAUAAUAUAAAAAUUUACAUAUGUGGGAAUGGCAGCUACAGACGGACAAAUUGUCGUUGCAGCGGCACGUUGGGCCGAUGAAUCAACUUAUUUACGUGAAUUUAUAACAAAAUAUCGUUUACCAGCAGUUAUUAAAAUAACAAAAGGACAAUAUGGUGGUUUUGGUGUACCAACAUUACCAGCACCUUCAUUACAAAGUACAGCAUUAUUAGUAUCAGCUGGACGUAGAAGAAAAAUAGUUGCACAAGCUGUUAAAAUAAAAGAAGGUAGACGUGUUGUUGGUGUUGGUCCACGUUUAGCAAUACCAGAUUCAUAUAGUGGUUAUUUUGAAAUAUUAAGUGAAGAAGGACGUGCUGUACGUAGUAUUGAAUCAGUUAAUGAAUUAUCACGUAGAUGUCCAGAUGAUGGUGCAUUAGUACGUGAUACAAUACGUGGUAUAUCAUGUAAAAUUGAAGAUUCUGGUAAUAUUAUAACAGAUGGUACUAGAACAAUAUUAUCUGGUGAAACAAUAAUAACUGCUGGUGAAAUAACAUUACCAAAUCGUGGUAGAUUUUUACGUUGUAUUGAUAGUCAUGGUGAUAAUAUAUUAUUGAGUAUGGAACAACGUGGACGUUUUAGUGUACUUGCUAGAGAAGAUAAUAUAAGUGGUGUACAUACUGCUAAAGCAUUAUUAUCAAAACGUUUACCAUUAACAGUACGUUUAGUACAUGGACAACCACCACGUGGUCUUAAAUCAUCAUCACAAUUUUUACCAGAAUUACGUUUACUAUCAACAUUUGAAGAAGAACAUGUAUUUGCAUUACCAUUACAAAGAGAUGGUGUUGCUAUUGCAUUACCACUUGCUGCACCAAUUAAACUUGUUAAAUCACGUAAUGAUGAUACACUAAGAAUAAUGAAUGAAUUUACAAGACUUGUUGAACGUGCAUCACGUCUUGUUGCUGAUGUUGCUGAUAGAGCACAUGUACUUGAUGGUAGACUUGGUGAUAAUAAUAAUAAUAAACAAAAUCGUCAAACAAGAAGUGCUGGAUUUUUACGUCGUUCACUUAGUUCAGAUAGUAAUAAUUAUCAUCAUCGUCAUCAUCAUCAUAAUAAUACCAAUAAUAAUAAUAACAACAAUAACCAUCAUCAUAAUAUUCAUAGAGAUGAAAAUCGUGUACCACCAUCAUACACUGAGGAUUAUGAUGAAAUUGAUCAAAUAUAUGAUUAUGUUAGGGGUUUUGCGCCAUUACCAAAAAGCGUUAGAUCACCAUAUGAAAAUCCAACUGUUAAUAAUAAUAAUAAUUGUAAUAAUAAUAUUAAUAAUAGUAAUAAUAGUAAUAAUAUAAUUAAUCAAAUUAAUUCAAGUCCACCAUUAACACCAAUAACUGUUACAAUAACACCAUUAAUUGAUGAUAGACCAGAACCACCACCAAUUGAAACAAUACCAACAAAAAAAAUUCAAGCUGAAAAACGUACAAGAAGAGCUGUUAAAGAAACACCAAUGCCAAGAGUUGAAAAACCACCAUUGGCAAAAUUAUAUGUUAAAAAUAGUGGUACACAACGUGGUAGACCACUUAUUAGACAAAAAAGUUCAUCACCACUUAAAGAAACACCACCUGGUUUUAAAGGUGGUUCACCAUUAUUUAAUAUACGUUAUAAAAGUUUAACAAAUUUACAACAAGCUAUGGAACUUGAUGGUACACUUGAUUCAAGUCAUUCAGGUGGUAGAACUUCUGGUGAUUCUGGUGCAGGUGCAAAACUACCAGAAAAAAGAUCACGACGUCUUAGCCGACCAAGAUCAUUGACAAAUCUUGUAUGGGAAUUAAGAGGUGGUAGUUGUGCAGUUAGAUCAGAAACUCCACCACCAGUUAUAACAGCACCAUUACCAUCAACCAAGUGUGGACCUCGAUUAGCUGUUACUGUUGUUGCACCUCGACGUAUUGGCACGCUUUACCUCUAACUUAUUCGACCGACGAAGGGAUGAUGAAGGAAAAGAGCGGUCUGAAUGUGACGUCAACAGAUACAAACGAGAUACAACGUCAUUGAUUAAUCAAAAUUUUUGUAGAGCUCAUGCAAAAAUAACAACAUAAUAGAAACACAAAAAUUUAAUUAAAUGAGCCUGUCCGACCUCAUGUUAAUUUAAAGUUUUAAAAUAAGAUGAAGCAAAAAUAUAAAAGAAAAAAAAAAUAUCAAACACAUUUAUUUCUUUUGUUAUAUAAUUAAUACUAUUAUUAUUUUUUUUUAAUUUUAUUACAAAUAUUUUUCUUCUGUAGAAAAGCCAUUCAAUGCAUUAUUCAAAAAAAAAAUAAUAAAUAUUAACGCUAUUGAUUUGAGAUACAAAAGCGUCUUUGCUCAUGAAAAAAAAAUUUAAAGAAGUAUAAAAUAAAACUUGAUUAUUUGAUUAUUAAUAAAAAUAAAUAAUUAUUAUUUUUUUAUAUUGUUUAAAAAGACAUGAAUUUUAGGUGAAAAAAAAUUAUUUAUAAUCAAGGUUUGAAGAUGCGCUUUGAGCGAUCAAUAAAUGCCAUAAUAAUGACAAAGUUUUUUUUUUUUUAAUAUUCUUUUGUGGUUGUACUUAAGUCAUAAUUUUUUUAUAUAUAUUAGCAUUAAUAAAAAAUAAAAAAACAAUGGAUAUUAAAAAUAGAAUAUAAUCCAUCUAUUUUGUUUGUUUUUUUUUUUUUUUUUUUUAAUAACUUUUACAAUCCACGAUAUCAAAUGAUUUUAGAUGUAAUUUUUUUUUAUACUUGUUUAUUGUUUAAUACGUGUCCCGUCCAUGAAAAUAAAAAAAACGAAUUAUAUAAUUUGAAUCAUAAGAAACCAGUGUGA